AUGGUUAACAUUGAUAACUCCAACUUAGCUCAGAGAGAUUCCAGCACUGUUAAUACACCAAGAGGAGCCGAUACAAACGUGAACGAAGAAAUGAGUAGUAAUGAAUAUCCUUUGCAUGAUGUUCAGCAAGAUUCAAACGCUUUGGAUUGUAAAGGAGAUGAACAGCCACGAAAAGUGCCAUAUACAAUGCACGGUGUGUUGCAUUACUUGCAACAUGAAUGGAGCCGUUAUGAAAUGGAUCGGGCGCAGUGGGAGAUGGAAAGAGCUGAAUUGCAGGCACGAAUAAGCUUUCUUCACGGUGAGCGAAAAGGACAGGAAAAUUUAAAGGCAGAUCUGAUCCGACGCAUAAAAAUGCUUGAAUACAGUUUAAAACAGGAACGAGCUAAAAAUUAUCGCUUAACUCACAACGGUCAAGAUAAGCCAGAAGACGAAGUGAGCCCGGAUGAAGCAGCAGAGACUGCUGAACAAGUUUCUCUUGACGUAGAUGCCUACGCUUCGCAGUGUAACAGCACCUCCAGUUUUCGUAAUGCAAGAGCUUUACUGAGACAAUAUCUGCAGGAGAUUGGUUACAGUGAGACGAUUUUGGAUGUUCGAUCUUUUCGGGCCAAAAAUUUAUUGGGACUGAUGCCACAUUCAGAUUGGCAAAAUGAUUCUAACAGCGCUUCUCGGCAAAAUGCUGUGAAGGCUCUUCAAGAUACUGAUCGAGCUGUAAUGGAAGCUGCUCAGUAUCUUCGGAAAAAGAAAAAGGAUAACUCUGUACCAGUUGGAAGUGAUGAUAGCGAUUCGGAAGAUGAUGAGAAGACAGGAAAAGAACACAAGGAUUCUCUUGAUCCGGAAACUGUGGAUGCGCUUGGAGAGUUUUCCUUUUUAAAAGAUGAGAAAACAAGUGUAAGCAGAAAGCGAUCAGAAGGAAGUGGUGAGUGGAGCAUCAAUCAACGUGCUAUUGAUCAAAUGAAGGAAAAGUUCAGAUCGGAACAAGAAAGAAAACGAAAUAAUAGUCAGAGUGAUUCUUCGUCAGGUAGAGGACCGCCACAUCAACUUCGCUUAGGAGCGGAUGACGUCAAAAAAGAAGUAUCUGAUGAUGAUGUGCAACAUUUUUUCUGUGGUAAAAGUAGGCGAGAGUUUAUGGAUAUCAAUGCAGCUCUUGGAAUUGCUGAUGAAGAAAGUGUUGAUAUUAAAGAUGAUUUCAUUAUCCCAGAUGAAGAUACAACGAAUAUUCGGUGGAAUUUGAAAUUUACGCUACGUUCACAUUUCGAUAGCAUUCGUGUCAUGCAGUUUCAUCCCGUUGAACCGGUGCUUAUUACUGCUAGUGAAGACAGCACGGCGAAACUUUGGAAUCUGGGUAGUAUCUGUAUGAAAAUGGAUUUAAAAGGAAAUCAAGUCUCAACACAUCCACAGUCUGCAAUCACUGAGCUGGAGCCAACAUAUACGUUCCGCGGACACAAUGGGCCGAUCCUUUCAAUGGAUAUGUCACCAACAGGUGAUAUGUGUUAUACUGGUGGUUUUGAUGGUGUUGUGUGUUGUUGGUCGGUACCAUCAGUUAAUACGGAUAUAUAUGAACCAUACGAUUCGAAGGUGUUAUGUGAGAAACUGAAAGGUCAUACCAGUGCGAUCUGGUCAGUUGCGUUUCAUUCAUCCGAUAAUCGCCUCGUUAGUGCUUCUGCUGAUGGAACGAUUAAACUCUGGGAACCGGGAAAUACGGACGCUCUUAUCAAAUCAUUUGGUGCUGCACUGCCAAAUAUAAAGCCAACAUCAGUCGACUUUGUUUCAACUGAACCACAGCAACUGCUAGCGGCUUAUACUUCAUCAUAUGCUUCAAUUAUUGAUAUCGAGACUGGUUGCAAUGUGCUGUCAUUUGAUUUUGGUGAUGAAGAUGCUGGAACAAUUACGAAAAUUUUGUCACACCCAACGAUGUCAGUAUCUUUAACUGCUAGUAAUGAUCGCAAAAUACGCUACUUCGAUAACAAUACUGGCAAAAUGAUUCAUGGAACCGUUGCACAUGUUGAAGCAAUUUCGUGUCUAGCUAUUGAUCCUAAUGGUCUUUAUUUACUUUCCGGUAGUCAUGAUGGUUCUUUACGUCUUUGGAAUAUGGAAAAAAGGAUUUGCUUACAGGAGAUUGCGGCGCAUCGCAAAAAGUUUGAUAGCGCUGUGAUGACGGUUGCAUUUCAUCCAAGUAGGCCUUUGAUUGGUUCCGCUGGUGCCGAUGCCCUUGCAAAAGUGUUUAGCUCUCAAAAAUAUUUGCAUGGGAAUAAUUUUGACUCUUAA